CCUCCGUCGAGCAAAAAGAAGAAGAAGAGCUUCGCGGUUCAUUGGAUGAAAUUCUCAUGUGGUUCAUGUCCAACAGCCAUUUUUGUAAAACACAAACAACAAGACGACCGAGCGAGACAGAAAAACUCAUUGCGACCGUUGCAGAUACGGGAAAAAAAUAGAUAUUCAAUUCAACAUCGAAACUCACACAAGACAAGUGAUCAAAACGGAGACAUACCAGUUCAAACCAUCGGUUACUGCGGAGCACGUGCGUGCAAAAGGAGUGAGUUCUUUAAAGAAGAUCCAACUCUGGAGAAAACAGUGGCUGGCUAGUUUAGCCUAGCUGGCCAGCAGGCUCGCAGAAAAGGUGUGAGGAGUUGGGAGCUGAAGGCUUGUCAAUGUAAAAAGAAUUAAAAAAAAAAAAAAAAAAAAAAAAAAAUCUGAAUAUAAAUAAAAGAGCUGAAGAAUCAAGAGGAGAGUUACCCAGCAAUAGUUAGUUACGGCAUUACAAACUGCCCUGAAAGUUUUUGUCCAACAGCAGUUGCUGUUAUUUAUGCUGCCACAAAUUCUUAAACAUAGUGUGUUUUUUUUUCUCUCUGAAGUGUUUUCAAUUUACUGAAUCUUUUUUAAAAGAUCUGAAGUUACUGGCACAUUAGGGUGGUGUGCCAUCUUUUGGAGCUCUUAUAUCUGGCUAGGUAUUCAUCAGCCUUUAUCUCCCUGAAACUGGCAGCUAUUAUAAUAUUCAUACAGAGUUUAGAAUUACCAAGUCCACCUCAGCACACAGAACCACCGUACAAGCUCUGACAGAACCACCUCAUUCCUGUCCCCCCCUUUCAUCCUGGUCCUGUUCUUUGGACGAGAAACCUUGAGCCCUCUGGACACCCAGAAUAUGACUGCUGAGACACUUAACUUCGGUCCAGAAUGGCUCCGUGCACUAUCCAGAGGGGGGAGUGUGACGUCCCCUCCCCCUUCCCCUGCAAUGCCAAAGUCCAAGUUGGCCGACUACCGCUAUGGCCGCGAGGAGAUGUUAGCACUUUAUGUCAAAGAUAACAAGAUCCCUGAGGACAUGCAGGAUAAGGAGUUUGCUGCUAUCCUGCAGGAUGAGCCUCAGCAACCGUUGGCCUUGGUGCCCCUGACUGAAGAGGAGCAGAGAAACUUCUCCAUGUCUGUGAACAGUGUGGCUGUGCUAAGGCUUAUGGGUAAAGGAGGUGGUGCUGUACCGACAGGUGUAGCUAGAGGGCGUGGAAGCACUCGAGGAGGUCGAGGGAGAGGCAGAGGAGAAGGCGGAUUCUACCAAAGAAGUGUGGAUGAAGAUGUCGGGUUUGGCCGAGGACGAGAGAUGCACCGCAGCCAGAGCUGGGAUGACAGAGGUGAGAGGCGCUUUGAGAAGCCCUUGAGGCGUGAAGGUGGGCGUGGUGGAUUUGAGGAGGGCGGAGCAGGAGGAAGGAAGGAAUAUGCACGCUCAGACAGCGAUAACUGGCGUACGCUCAGAGAGGAGCAGGAGGACGAUGAUGGGGCAGAACCUGGCGGAAGCUGGAGGAUUGCUGGAAGUCGUCGUGAAGACGGGGGUCCUCGUUCAGCAGGUUGGCGGGAUCAUAGCAGUGGGGAAGGCCGUCGUAGGAAGUUUGACUUUGACUUUCGAGAUGGAGAAGGUGGACGGAGAAGGGCUGGAAGUGAGGGAGGAGAGGAAGAGCGAGAUGGCCUGCCUGAAUGGUGCACUGAUGAAGAAGAGGGAGAGAUGGGAACCUUUGAUUCUUCUGGAGCCUUUAUGUGCAUCAAGAAAAACUCCAGAGAUGCAAUCCCCGAAGACCAGGAACUGGAAUUUGAGGCUCUGGAGGAGGAAGAGGAGGGUGGUCAGGAGAAGACGGACAGCCCUGCUGAUAAACCGGAAGAGUGUGAGGCAACAGCUGUGUGUGAUGGAGACAGGAAGUCAUCAUCUCCUCAUGCUGUGUCUGUUCCUGCUCCUGUGCACCCUUCAGAGCAAGAGACUCCCAAACCCAUAGUCCCUCCCCCCUCCAAACCUGCACCCCAGCCGGCUGAAGCUCCAGCAGUUGGCACCACACCUCAGACGCAGAGCACCUCUCCUCCGUCAACCACUGGUAAUGAUCUUCCGACAGUAGGGGGAGACACUGAGGAGGAAGAUGGCAUGAAGCACCUUCAGCAGGAGGCUGAGAAGAUGGUGGCGUCUCUGCAAGACACGUCCCUUGAAGAGGAAUGUUUCACUCAAGCUCUUCAGGAGAGCCACAUCAACGUGGCACACACUCACUCACACCCGAAUACACAUACGCUCUCUCACUCCACCCCACACACUCUCCCACACUCCGCUAGUGCCCUGCCCCUUUCUCACGAGUCCGCAAUGAAGUGGUUCUACAAAGACCCUCAAGGGGAGAUUCAAGGUCCAUUCACUACAGUGGAGAUGUGUGAGUGGUUUCAAGCGGGGUAUUUCACCAUGAACCUGCUGGUCAAACGUGGCUGUGAUGAGGGAUUUCAGCCCUUGGGUGAAGUUAUCAAGAUGUGGGGACGUGUGCCUUUCUCUCCUGGCCCCUCCCCUCCUCCACUUCUGGGGAACAUGGACCAGGAGCUGUUGAAGAAACAAUUAGAGCAAGCUGCCACUGCAGCCCUGUACCAACAACUUCAGAUGAGAUUUCAGCACAUAAACAGGUGUGGGGAGACUGGGAUGCCUGCGAUGAACAGGUCCAUGUCAGUGCCAGACACCGGGCCCUUGUGGGACAUGCCUACCUCAGUCUCUCAGCAGUCAGGCGGUGAGACCAGUCUGUGGGACUUAACCAUGAGUAACUCCGCUCAGGGUCCAACUCUUGAACAUUUGCAGAAAAUCCAGGAGAGGCGUGAAGCUGAACUCAGGGUGAAGCGUGAAGAAGAGGAGAGGAAACGGAGGGAGGAAAAGCGCCGACAGCAGGAGGAACAGAAGCGGAGAGAGGAGGAGGAGCUUUAUAGACGAAAACAGCAGUGCCGUCAGCAGCAGGAGUUGAUCAUGAAGUUUCUGCAGCAGAGCCAGCAGCAUAGCGUGUCAGGGGGCGCAGGGUGGAGCGGAAGCCAGGCAGGAGCUCUGUCUCUGGGUAAAGCUACCGGAAAGAGCAUGGGACUCCUGGAGCUGGAGGCAGAGAGACUUCACAAACAGCAGCAGCAGAGAGCACAGCAGCAACAAAGGCAUGGAGGUUUGACAAUGGGCCAGUGGAAUGAUGGGCCAACUGGGAUGUGGUCAGGAGCUAGUAUGGAAGGCAAGGUGGGAGGCGGAAACCCUGCUAUGGGCAUGUGGGACGAGGCCAUGAAGAACCAAGCCAGCCAUCGCAACAUUGGCCUGAAGAACAGCCGCAGCAGUCCCUCUCUCAGUGAGCAGUACAUGCUGAAUCGACGCAAGCGUACUGAUGAUGAGGAGAGGCUUCUGAAGCUUCUUCAGGGCAUGAAACCUCAAGACGGUUUCACCACUUGGUGUGAACAGAUGCUCCACGCUCUCAACACCUCUGCAAAUAACUCCUCUUCACUAGAUGUGCCCACCAUUGUGGCAUAUCUGAAGGAGGUGGAGUCUCCGUAUGAAGUUCAUGACUUUAUCCGCAUUUAUCUGGGCGAUACCAUUGAAGCCAAAGAGUUUGCCAAGCAGUUCCUGGAGCGCCGUGCCAAACAGAAAGCAAACCACCAGAGACAACAGCAGCAGCUGUCCAAGGAAGUCUCUGGAUUAAACAUGAACUUCCCCCUGCAGUCAAUGUUCCAGGCAGCUCACAUUAAUAAGGGCGGCAGUGUGUAUGACACUCAGGGAGGAAAAGCGAAGAAAAAGCCUAGCAUGAUGCUCCCCUCUGACCCCAGUAUCCUCGGCUACUCAUUCCUGGGGGGAGGUGAGCUGGAGCAGGUGGAGGAUUACUGACCCAACCCGUCUACUUGAGUUUACCUGAGGCCUUAAACCUGGAGCAAAUCAGCAGAGGAAUGUGCACUGCUCAGUGAGGGAAGGGGUGGGGCAAUAUUUGUCCACGCCCCCUCUCUCUUUCUCCCUCUUUCUCUCAUUCUGCACUGUGAGAGGAGCAGAAGGAGGUCGUUGGGAGGUUCGACGUGAAGAGGAGUUCCUCUUCCGCCUCCCUUCAGUAAAGCACCUUACCUAAACCAUUGCACUUUAAUGUUUUCAUAUUUGAAAUGGAGUUUUGUCCUUUUUUUACAAUGCAAAAUGUGUGAAUAUAUUGUUGCAUAUAUUAUGUGUAGAAUAUUUGUAUGAGUAUACAUACGAGAGGUAGGAACGGAGUGGUUUCCGCCACAUCGAACACAGAGGUUGAGAAACGUUUUAGGGGAGAUUUGAGUCUAGCGUCUCUCCUAACAGACAAACACUGUUGUAUUUUUAUGUUCGUGGUAAAGCUAUAAAAAUAUGAAUUUGAAAACUUGAAGAUUUGCACUUGUUUAACAAAAAAGAAAAAGACAAAAAAAGUUAGGAUAGGUUAUGAGGAUUUUUGUGAGUGUGUGCACGAGCGUAAGAGAGAUGAAGUCUGCACAAAUUUUAUUGCUUACCAACCUGUAUAAAACAAAUGCCAUGCUUUUAUUUUGUUCAACACAAUUUUUGUACUUCAUUGAGCAUGUGUGCUAAAGUGUGUGCGCGUGAACGGACAGAAGACAUUUGUGCUUUUUUUUUUUUUUUUGUACAUAGGCUCUUAAAGAGACCGAUAGGACAGUCAAGCAUUGCGUUUUUUACCCUCCAGUGUUUCAAAGCAUGACUGAGGUGCUGUUUGGCCCGUUUGGCUCUGUUAUAAGAGGGCAACCGUGGUCGCUGGGUUUGUUUUGUGUAUAAAUGUAGCUCCUUUGUUGUCUGUCUACAAACUAUACUUACAUUACAUCUCUUCCCCUAUCACUCAUUCUCUGUCCACGAUGUGAACUAUUGCCUUCUGUCCAGAAAGUGUGUGUUUGUGUGUGUGUGGAUUCUGCUGGCCGGUGUUUUGACACCGUCAUGAGGGCGCUGUGAUCCUGUAUGUCAGUUACUUUUUCGUUGCUGUUGAAAAAGGAUGAAUGAUUUAUUUUUUUAUUCUAUACAAAGUAUUUGAACUUUAUCAGUUGGAGCACUUUCUAGGCUGCUACCUUGUAUUUUUUGAAUAAUGUUUUUAUUUGUUAGGGUUUUUUUUUUUAUUUGCCUCAUGAGGAUGUUGUAUUAUGAAUGAAUGUAUUCCAAAACAAACUAUGUAUAACAGUGCAUCUAACAACAAGGCUUGAGUGUCUCGGAGCGAAAUGGGACACGCCUCACCAUUCGGAAUAUGCCUAUUAUCUGAGGUCAGAUUCUGGAAAGCGCAUGGCCUGUACUGAGCUUACGGUCUCCGGCUGGUGCUCUUCCAGAACUCUCACAUCACCCGGAGAUCGAGUUUGUCUCCCGACAUCUUGAUGGAACUGUCUUUUCCAUCUUGUUACUUGCGCUCUUGAUACAGGGCCAUUGAGAGCCAAGGAUCCGCAGUUUGUAGCAGUAAUUUUUUUUUUCUUUAAAAGACAAAAUCUAUUCCCCCCCUCCCCCAAUACAUGGGUUUUGGGAUCGAAAUAUGUGAUGUUUUGCAUCAAAUGUUUAUUCACCUGAAUAAGAAGAGACUUGAGGAUCAGAACAGAGGAGAUUGUGGUACUUCAUCUGUAGAAAAGUUUCCUGCUUUAAACGUAUUUCACUCUAUUCUGACUGGAUUAUAUUUUUGUAAAAAAAACAAAACGAAAAAAAUACAAGACAAAGACUAAAAACAAGCACGGAGUGGAUAUCAGCACUAACUCAAAUGCCAUCCUGGAGUACGGAAAGGAGUGGCAACCAGCUGCAUUUAGUGCUACUCAGAGAGCGAGACAGGGAAUAUGUGUGGAUCCGUUUUAUCCACACACCAAAGGAAUGGAGUUUUCUGCAUCCUUUGAGCUGCAAUCCCUACUGCUCUCUGCAACACUAUCAAAUGAAGGAAAGUCCUAUAGCAUUUGAAAAAAAAAAAAAAGUGUUCAUUUUUGAAUGUUUGAUUUUAAAAAAAGCCUUUAUGCCUUUUUGAGAAGAUUACUGUGCGGAGAAACCGCAGAUUCUCACGUCUAUCAAUCAUUUCUUCAAAAACUCCCUUCCCUGCUGAGGGUUGAGGAGUCUAGAUGUGAUGAAUGUUUGGAGAGGAGGAGACGGACUGAAGCAAACUCUCCUCAUUUCUUCACUUGAACUAAUCUCAAGGACACAGACUUGUCAUGAUUGCCUGUUGAUACAAUGAGAAAUUUGAGACUUUUACAGCAAUUGUUGACAUGGAGUUCAUGGAUGCAAGUUGAAACGACUGAACUGCAGCGAAGCAGUUCUUCAAGGAUGGAAGUAACCCUGCUUGGACCAUCACACGCACCAGUACACAUCUUCUGAUGUCGUCGAACUGGAUUAAGCAAGAGAUCACCACUCUUUCUUUUCUUUCUUCUCUUUAGCUUCCUCUCUCUUUCGUCCUGACAACGUAGAAUGGGACCCACAGACAGACUAGGUGUGUACGUGCGUGUGAAGAGACUUUUUAUGUCUGUAGAAAGACACUCGUACAUUCUUCCUUCUUGCUCGCGGGUGAGAUGUGGACUGGAUGCCCUGUAAAUAAUGUAAAUGAUUUUGGUCCCUGUUUGAGUUCUGUCCAUCAUUUUGAGUGUUUCACAUGCCUUAAUUGUACAAAAUAGAACUGCCCUGGUUGAUAUUAAUGUAACACUUAUUAGGAAAACAGCACAGGCUAUAUCUACACCACUCAGUCAUCUAAAGGAAUCUGAGCCUGGCUGAGGAUGUUUCCCCUACAUUGACUUUAUUCAUCAUACCAGUCUGUGGGAUGUUUCCACAGUCUAUGUAUUAUUGGUAUGUUAAUGUUCAAGUGAAUAACUGCAAUUAUUGACAUGUACAGAUAAAGGUUGAUGAUGAACAUUGGUACAUGCUGAAAUCUAAAAAAGAAUUGUUAAAAAAAAAAAAAAAAAAAAAGAGGUAGUUUGCCUUCCUCUGUCAGUUCAGCAUUGAAUUUUUUUGAGUUUUAAAUUAGGUGGGUACGUACAGAACAUGGGGGUUUUUCUUUGAGAAGAUCAAAAUAUGUUAAAUGGAAAAUAAAAUUUUUAAAUGUUGAA